AUGGAGACGUUUGACUGUGUCGUGGCUGGCGCUGGAUGGUACGGACUGGCUGCCGCGAAGCAAUACCGCGCCCUCCAUCCAGAUGACUCUCUUGUGGUGUUCGACCCUCAAUCCAGCGUCGGCGGUACUUGGGCCGACGAGCGACUGUAUCCAGAUGUGAAGAGCAACAAUCUCCUGGGGACAUACGAGUAUCCGGAUUUCCCCAUGGACCCAAACACAUUCCAAGUAAAGCCUGGACAGUACAUUCCCGGAGAGGUCACUAAUGCAUAUCUCAAAGCCUAUGUGGACAGGUUCAACCUCGGAGGGUCAAUCCGUCUGCGAACCAAGAUCACCACUGCCGAGCACAAGGACACUAUCGAAGGCGGAUGGAUCCUGACCAUUGUCAACGACGAGGGCCAAGAGUCCAAGAUCUUCGCCAAGCGCUUCAUUGUCGCUACCGGCCUAACUUCAGAGCCUUUCAUGCCUCACUUUGACGGCCAGGAAGAUUUCGGCGGCAAGAUCUUCCACAGCAAAUACUUUAAACAAAACCGAGAUACCCUCCAGACUUCUAAGGCGGUCACCGUGUUUGGUGGCACAAAAUUUGGCUGGGAUGCCGCUUACAGCUACGCUACCGCCGGUGUCAAGGUGAACUGGGUCAUUCGAUCAUCUGGCCAUGGCCCAUGCUGGAUGGCCCCAUCAUACGUGACUCCAUUCAAGAAAUGGAUCGAGAAGCUUGCGAAUAUGCGCUUCCUCACAUGGUUCAGCCCUUGUAUCUUUAGCGGUGCCGCUGGCUACACCGGCAUCCAGCGCUUCCUCCACGGCACCUUUCUCGGUCGUUUCAUCGUGAAUGCCUUCUGGGCUAUCCUUGGUGGCGACGUCAUGUCUCUCAAUGCAUAUGGUUCACAUCCCGAGACAGCAAAGCUAAAGCCAUGGCUCCCCGCCAUGUUCACCGCCGCCAGCUUCAGUAUUCUCAACUACGACACCGACUUUUACGAACUCGUCCGAAGUGGCAAGAUCAAGGUUCACAUCGGUGAGAUUGAUCAUCUGAGCCACGGCAAAGUCCAUCUUGCCGACGGCACCGUUUUCGAAUCAGACGCUUUGAUCUCCAACACCGGCUGGAUCAGCUCUCCCCCAAUCAAAUUUCUCCCCGAAGGCAUUGAAAAGGAACUCGGUCUACCCCAUGAAAUCGACACAGAGGCUCCACCAGAGGACCUCGCCAACCAGCGGGAUCUCAUCAAACGCGCCGACAGGGAAAUCGCGAAGCGCUUCCCCAGGCUCAAAGACCAGCCUAUCUGGAACAAAAACUACGUCCCCCUUACAAAGCAGAAGGGCAUCUCCAGCAAGGAGGCAAUGACACCGUACACUCCUCAAACCCCCUUCAUGCUGUACCACUUCCUCGUACCACCAUCGGAACGCUUUCUCCGCUCCCGCGACAUUGCCUUCUGCGGCUUCGUCAGCAACUUUAGCAACACACUAACAGCCCAUCUCCAAGGCCUCUGGAUUGGCGCUUGGUUCCGACGUCUCCUCGUCAACGAUCCAUCCCGAGCCGUUGACGACAAAGAUGCCAUGGCCAAGCUGCGAUAUGAGACAAUGUUGCACAACCGCUUCGGCAAGUGGCGCUACCCUAACGAAACAAAGGCCCCGACCUUCAUCUUUGACGCCGUGUACUACCUCGAUCUGCUACAGAAAGAUCUCGGCUUGAAUCCCCGCCGCAAACCGAGGGGGCUGCUCACCGAGGUGACCAGCCCCUACGGUGCAGAGGACUACAAGGACGUGAACGAGGAGUGGGAAAGCAAAUUUGGCGGUGUCACAGCUGUGUAAAUGAAGCAGCCAUGUCUUGUUUUAUAAGCCACCAGUUGCCUAUUCAGUCAAUUGCCAGAGAGAGCGUUGGAAGAGGAUACCCACAGUUUCACAGGUUCAACCCUUAAUUUUGAGUCCCUUUUUCAUGCGUUGUCUCACCAAACAUAUCGUCUCAUCUUUUGGAAGUCUCGAGCAAGCCAUAGCCGUACUUCCUAAACUGCUGCCUUCAGGAUCAGUAAUACGACCUCAAUCGCGCAUGAGAUCAGCUCGUUUAUAGUAUCUAUGGUGCUUCAAUUAUACCAUUAUUUACCUAGUAGUCUGCAUAUUUCCCAGGCUAUGUACACGUGGAGAAACGAAUUGGCGUCUACUGUACUUGCGUCUGCUUGGCGCACGCGCGAACCACGCGAGCCUUCAUCUAGUUCUGGCGAUCUGGCGAGUCAGUUGAACACUUGGCACGACGCUCCUGUGUAGAACGCCUAGAAGAGGGAUGAGCAGCAUCGACUAUUGAAACGUGGGCUGAUCCAUUGGUAUCUCCCAUAUAUUCCGGCUCCACUGUUCCGUUUUGCGGCAAUUUCCAUAGCAAAAUGGCAAUUAGCCGUAUGCUUCGUGCUAUUCCUAUACGAUGUGUGGCUGGUCACUUUUAUCCCCUCUUGUUGGCAGUUCCUGAAAAAUACUCGUAUAAUAUGCAAUAUCAUUAAAUCAUCAAUUU